AGGGGAAGCCGGAGGUCAACGCGCGCGCCGCGCUCGGCCGUCUCCGCCCCCUUUCGAGCAGCCAAUCACAGGGGAGACGCUGGGCGCGCGCACGCUCCGAGUUUAACGGUCGCGAGAGGCCGCUCGCUCGCCCCUGACAGCGGCAGUGGGAGCGGGGCCAGACCCUCUUGCAAGCUUAGGAUCUCUCAGACUUCUGAAUGUCAGCGACUGAAAAUGCCGAUAGACGAUGAAACGUCUGAGGAAGACUCGGAUUCAGUUUCCUCAAACAGUGAAAGAACCUAUAUUUUCAAAUAAAAGAGUAUAACAGUUUGUACACUAUGGAAGAUUUUGAUUUGGUAAAAACGAUACAGCGAACAUCUUCUGUGGAAUCUGAUAACAAAAAUUCUCCCCAUUCUCUUGGACUUAACAUAAACUCUAAUAGAAGUAGUCACCACCUUAGUACCAAUGGGGUAUCCUCUUUCUCAGGGAAGACCGGGCCCUCUGUCAUUCAAGGCACAGUUGAAGUCCUAACCUCUUUCAUGCAAGAGCUGCGAAACAGUGGGAAGACAGAUUCGGAGCUUUGGAAAAACUGUGAGGCCAGGUGGUCACAGCUAUUCAGUUUGGUGGAAAAGCAAUGCCAAGAACAGAUUGUUGCCCAGCAGGAACAGUUCCACAACCAAAUUCAACGUAUACAGGAAGAGAUAAAAAAUUUAGUCAAACUGCAGACCAGUAAUGCUUCCUGGGUUUCCUGUGAGAAAAGUUCUUCCAGCAAACAGGCAUCUUCAGAAAGUCAAAUGGGUUUUUUUUCUGAAAGCAGUGAAAGAAAUGAAUGUGUUGUCAGCUACCCUAAGUCAAAAGAACCUGAGAUGCAGCACGAGACGUCCACAUCACAACCAGACUGCAACGUGGAUAGCAGCUCAGUGAGCAGUGGCUAUGGUACCUUCUGUGUGUCAGAAUUAAAUACUGACAAGUCCAAGGACACCCAGGAGUUCAUGGAGCACCCAGAUGUUUCUAAAGGACAGUAUGGGGCACCAGUGGUGCAGACAGAUUCACUUGUGGGUGGCAUGAAAAACAAGAAAUGUUACAUACAGACCACCAAAGAGUUUUGUGACUCUUUAAAGGAAGAGUGUUCCAUUUUUCCUGGUGAAUUUGAACAUAAUUUUCUUGAGGAAAAUAAGAUUUCUGAAGUAUACAGUGGGAAAACAAACAGUAAAUCUGUAACAUCAUGGGCACAAAAGCUGAAGCAGAACCAACCAAAGAGGGCGCAUGUAGAAGAAGGCUGUUCAAGAUCUAAGCGAGGAAGUGAACACAGCAAGAAGUUACCAGUUGAGAAAUCUGAUUUUGCUGCUGUCCCACAUCCUUGUGCUUUUUACCUCAAUAAACCGGAUGAAAGCCCGACUGCUUGGGUGUCUGACUCAGGAACAGGACUGACAUACUGGAAGCUGGAGGAGAAGGACUUGUAUCACUCUUUGCCUGACACUUUAGAGAAGACGUUUGUCCCCACCCCGUCCAUGGAUCUGUCACCUAGACAGGUACUGACUUUGGAUUCAGCACUACCCAUGAAGCCGAUUCCGCAGGUUUCGGGAGUGCAACCACAGGACUUUCUGAAUGCCCUCGAUGACAGAAUAUCCUUUUCCCCAGAUUCUGUCCUAGAACCUAGCGUGUCUAGUCACUCUGACAUAGACUCAUUUUCACAAGCAAGUAACAUUGCUCCUGGAUUCCCAAAAUAUCCUUCAAAGACCAAAGCUUCACCAGUGGACUCUUGGAAGAAUCAUGCAUUCCAAAACGAAAGUAGGAGCAGUUCCACGUUUCCCUCGGUGUACACUGUUGCUAGUAAUGACCUCUCGGUCAACACUGUAGACGAAGAAAACACUGUCUUGGUAGCUUCGGCCUCUGUCAGUCAGUCCCAGCUUCCAGGUACAGCCAACAGUGUCCCAGAAUGCAUUUCAUUGACUUCCUUGGACGAUCCUGUGAUAUUGUCUAACAGGAUCAGGCAGACCCUGAAAGAGAAGCAUGCGCGGCAUGUGGCAGAUCUUCGGGCUUAUUACGAAUCAGAAAUUGCUAGUCUGAAACAGAAGCUGGAGGCAAAGGAGAUUUCUGCAGUUGAAGACUGGAAGAAAACCAAUCAGAUUCUUGUAGACAGAUGUAGCCAAUUAGAUAAUGCUUUGAAUGAAGCUACUUGUCGUGUGAGAACACUUGAAAAUAAGAAUAACUUACUGGAAAUAGAGGUGAAUGAUUUGAGGGAACGCUUCAGUGCAGCCAGCAGUGCUUCCAAAAUUUUGCAGGAACGAAUUGAGGAGAUGAGAACAAGUAAUAAAGAAAAAGACAACACCAUCAUGCGGCUCAAGUCUAGACUGCAAGAUCUAGAAGAAGCGUUUGAGAACGCCUACAAACUCUCAGAUGAUAAAGAAGCUAGGCUGAAACAAGAAAACAAAAUGUUUCAAGAUCUUUUAGGAGAGUAUGAAUCCCUUGGAAAAGAGCACAGUCGAGUAAAGGAUACAUUAAAUACAGCUGAGAACAAAUUGCUUGACGCACAUACUCAGAUUUCUGAUUUGAAAAGAACAAUUUCAAAACUUGAAGCUCAGGUCAAGCAAGUCGAGCAUGAAAAUAUGCUGAGUCUUCGCCAUCAUGCCAAAGCUCAUGUGCGACCCCCCCGUGCCAACACAGUAGCAACUGCAGACGUCAGCAGGCGGAAGUGGCUGAUACCAGGUGCAGAGUACUCUAUCUUCACUGGGCAGCCUCUGGACAGCCAGAGCCAAGUGGAUGGCCAGCUGGAGGAAACCUGUGUUCCUGGGUACUGUUCUCCUCCAGAAAAGGAUUCCUCUCCUGGAAGUUCACCAACAAGCUUAAAAAAACGGAGAGAGACAUCAGACACAGCAGUCAUGAAAGCCCUAAAAGAACUUGAUGAAGAGAAGAUAUUUAAGAACUGGGGGACACAAACAGAGAAAGAGGGCACCUCAAAUAUGAAUCCCCGGCACACAGAAACUUCAGUCAGUCGCUCCCCAGAGAAAUGUGCCCAGCAGAGACAGAGGAGACUCAACUCCGCCUCACAGAGAUCUUCGUCUUUGCCGCCUUCAAACCGCAAGCCAAGCACCCCAACAAAAAGAGAGAUUAUGUUAACACCAGUGACUGUGGCUUAUAGUCCAAAGCGAUCCCCUAAAGAAAAUUUGUCCCCAGGAUUUAGUCAUCUACUUAGCAAAAAUGAAAGCAGUCCAACUCGAUUUGAUAUACUUUUGGAUGAUUUAGAUACUGUUCCUGUGUCUACAUUACAACGAACCAAUGCAAGAAAACAACUCCAGUUUCUUCCUCUAGAUGACCCUGAAGAAAAAAAAUAUUCAGAAAAAGCCGCAGACAACCUUGUUAAUCAUAGCUCUUGCCCCGAACCAUUGCCAAAUGGAAUGAAGAAAGCCCCUGCGAGACCAGCCUGGGAGAAGUGUAAACUAGCUGGCCAGGAACAGCGUGAGCUGGUUCCCGUGACACCGCAGGGUACUGACUUUGAAUAUACCGCAAAAAUUAGAACCCUCGCUGAAACGGAACGCUUCUUUGAUGAACUAACAAAAGAAAAGGACCAGAUUGAGGCAGCACUAAGCCGAAUGCCUUCUCCUGGAGGACGAGUCACUUUACAGACAAGGUUAAAUCAGAGCUCUUUGAAUUCAGCAGGAAGAUCAGUGGCAGCAAAAUGGGGCUGAGGAUGCUCGUAACUGGUACUUUUACUAGGCAAAAAAAAAAAAAAAAAAAAAAAAAAAAUGAAGAGUGUCCAGUCUCAUCAAUCAAUAAAAACAAUAUUUUAAAAACAAAAUUUUAAAAAAGGCAUCACCUUUUCUUAAACUAUCACAUUGGUAGGUAUCAAAAAAAAAAUUCUGAGAAUGGAGAAAAACUCACACUCAUAUAUGGCAGGUGGAAGUCGAAAUCCUCCUCUUUCUGGAGCACAGUGUAGCAUUUAUCCAGAGCGGCAGCAUUUGCAUUUCUUUGGACCUAGCACUUCUGAGUCUGAGAAUGAUUCCUAAGGCAGUGAUACUUAGAGACAGGUGCAAAGAGAAAUACAUUAAGAAAUGCAUUGCAGGCCGGCGCCGCGGCUCACUAGGCUAAUCCUCCGCCUAGCGGCGCCGGCACACCGGGUUCUAGUCCCGGUUGGGGCGCCGGAUUCUGUCCCGGUUGCCCCUCUUCCAGGCCAGCUCUCUGCUGUGGCCAGGGAGUGCAGUGGAGGAUGGCCCAGGUGCUUGGGCCCUGCACCCCAUGGGAGACCAGGAAAAGCACCUGGCUCCUGGCUCCUGCCAUCGGAUCAGCGCGGUGCGCCGGCCGCAGCGCGCCGGCCGCGGCGGCCAUUGGAGGGUAAAACAACGGCAAAGGAAGACCUUUCUCUCUGUCUCUCUCUCUCUCACUGUCCACUCUGCCUGUAAAAAAAAAAAAAAAAAAAAGAAAUGCAUUGCAGCCUAAUUGAUGGACUCCAAAACUGGAAGCAACCUGAGUCUCUAAAAGACUCUGACUGCACGCUGUUGCAUCUGCUGGAAUGUUAUACAGUAAUAUAGAAGGGUAUUUCACAGCAUGCAAAGUUAACUGAAAAAUAUAUUUUUUAAAGAUUUACUUUGAGAGGGAGAGAGAUCUUCCUCUGCUGGUUCACUCCCCAAAUGUUUGGCAACGGUCAAAGCUGGGCCAGGCAGAGGUGAGGAACCCGGAGCUUCUUCUGGGUCCCCCACAUGGGUGCAGUAACCCAAGCACUUGAGCCAUCUUUCACUGCUUUCCCAGGAGCAUUAGCAGGGAGCUGAAUUGGAAAUGGAGCAAUCGGGUCUCAAACUGGUGCUUAUAUAGGAUGCUGGCAUCACAGACAGCAGCUUAACCCGCUAUGCCACGAGGCUGACCCCGAAAAAUAUUUUGUAAAAGUUUGAUCCUAUUGUUUCUUUUCUUUUU